CUCUAGAUCUGACAAUAAAAAUGAAAUAGUCAGCUACUUUUAUUAUUAAUCUCUGUGUACUCACAAAUCACAAUUCUCUGUGAAGAAAAUUUUGCUUGUAAAUGGCAAUGCCGGAGAAAAUGCACGGCGGAGCAGAGAUGAUGGCCCACUACCAGCCCCAGUGGGUCCUAGACGAUCGAGACGUGUUCAUUGCGUGGAUACGCAGUGAAUUCGCAGCUGCCAAUGCGAUAAUCGACUCAAUGUGUGAUCAUCUCAAGACAAUCGGCGACGACGGAGAGUAUGACGGUGUGAUUGGGAGCUUACAGCAGCGGAGAGUCAAUUGGUACCCUGUUCUGCAUUUGCAGCACUUCUUUUCGGUUUCUGAGGUGGCGCAUUCGCUUGAUCAGGCGGCGUGGAGGAGGCGAGAGAGGUUGCGUGGCUAUCGGAGGGGGUUGGAGCCGUUUAAGGCCCCCGGGAGGCGGUUUGAUGGCGGCAAAAGAGGUGAUCAGGUUUUUGUUGAUGGAGUAAAUAUGAGCACAAAAUCUCGAGUAGAUGCUGUUAGCCAGAGUUCAGGAAAUGUGUCGGUGAAUGAGUCUGCUGAGGGGGAGGGGGUGGAUGACGGUGUUACUUCUGAUUUAAAAGGGUCCUGUGAGGUGAAGCCGGAAAAAGGUCCUUCUAUCUCGCCCCUUCCCCAUGGAAGGAAGGAUAUUUCAAUUAAUGCAAAGACUUUUGUUGGUACUGAGAUAGUAGAUGGAAAUUCGGUUAAUGCAGUUGAUGGAAUGAAGUUGUACGAAGAGCUCUUAGACAGCUCUGAAGUUUCUAAUCUAGUUUCAUUGGUGAAUGAUUUGAGAAACACAGGGAGAAAAGGACACUUUCAAGGACCAACAUUUAUAGCAUCCCACAGACCGACACAGGGGCAUGGAAAAGAGAUGAUUCAAUUGGGCGUUCCUAUUGUAGACUCGCGUUCAGUAGAUGGAACGACAGGAAGAACCUACAGAGAGAGGAGGAUUGAACCUAUUCCUGGCUUGUUACAAGAUGUUAUUGAUCGUUUAAUUGCCUUGCAAGUAAUUACUGUGGAGCCAGAUUGUUGCAUAAUUGACUUCUUCAAUGAGGGUGAUCACUCACAGCCUUCUAUGUGGCCGCGUCGAUAUGGAAGGCCAAUUUGCGUUCUUUCCUUGACAGAAUGUGAUAUGACUUUUGGCAACGUGAUUGCGUCAGAAGGUCUGGGGGAUUAUAAGGGUUCGAUCAAGCUUUCUAUUACACCUGGAUCCAUGCUCGUUAUGCAAGGAAGAUCCACGGAUUUUGCGAGAUAUGCACUGCCUGCCUUGCAGAAACAGCGGAUCCUUGUCACAUUGAUCAAGUCUCAACCAAAGAGAAGCAGUGGUCAUUAUCCUUCCGCUACUGCAGCAACACAAUCCCAAUGGGUCACCCCACAGAGUAGAUCUCCAAACCAUAUACACAACUCUUUGCCCUCCAAACAUCAUCCAUCAGUUUCAACCGGGGUAUCACCCGCUCCAGCCAUAUGUAUGCCAUUACCUCCAGCCAAUGGUGUUCAGCCAAUGUUCAUGCCAACUGCAGUUGCACCAGUCCUCCCUUUCCCUACACCAGUUGCUCUGCCACCUACCUCUGCAGGGUCGACUGUAGCUGGGCCGGGGCAUGCUCCACCUCGCUUACCAGUUCCUGGUACUGGAGUUUUCAUUCCUCCUGGUUCUGGUAAAUUACUUAACCAGACAUCAACAAAUGAAAGUUUGACUAGUCAAGCAGAAAAGGACAAUUGCACAACAAAACUCAAUGAUGAAAACAACAGUGUUCCAGACAUUGACAAGGAAAGUGAAAAAAUGUCUGGGAAAGAUUGCAAUGGAACCAAAAUGUCUGGGAAAGAUUGCAAUGGAACCAAUGGUGAACAACUCGGUGAAGAACAUCAAGGGUAUGUGGCUAAAUGAGCCAGCUGAAACAAUAUUGUGAAGAGGCAAGUCCAAGAACGGCUAAAUUUUAGAAUUUACACACAUCGUAAGCAGCAGAGCAAACAUCGCGUAUCUAGGUAGCAGAAACUCCUAUAUUUGGUUAGUCUGAAAUUUAAGUAUUGAAGUAACAAUGUAGAGUUCUUUUGUUAUGUACACUACAAUCACUCUGCAGCCUACACUUCAAUCACUUCCACUUCUCUAUAACAUAUAUCCAAAGUAACUAUACCUUUAGAUUAUGUUUGCACAAAAUGAAUAUUUUGAGGUAUUUAUACUUUUAGAUUAUUUCAUGAACUAUUUUCCGAUUA